CACUUUGCAUCCCUUCCGGCUUCUGAGUUCUGCAGGUGUUCGACAACUUUGCCGGAUGUAAAGACUUAAAUAACUCCUUCUAGUUUUUAAAAUAGCCCACCGUGUGCCUGAACUGACCCGUUAAAGCGAUGUGCUAUAAGACAACGCUUGUUAUUCGUAUUCAUACAGGUGAAAAUCCUCGAAAGGGCUCUAAGUGAACUAACUCCUCCGGCUAGCUUUAGCAGUUAGCGGCUAGCAGCUAGCUAGGCUAAAGCCUCCAUGGCGCCGCUCCGGGUCCUGUGUGUUCACGGUUACCGGCAGAACGGAGCCUCGUUCCGGGACAAGACCGGAGCUCUGCGGAAGCUGCUGAAGAAACAAGUGGAGCUGGUUUACAUGACUGCACCGCUCAAAGUGGAGCACGACAGAAACGCAGAAGUUCCAGUGAAGGAGAAUGAUUCAGUUCCUGGACCUGGAGGAGAUGAAGACUCCAGAGGUUGGUGGUUUUCCGACACUGUGGCUCGGAGCUUCAGCGCUCAGCAGCAGUGUGAGGAAAGCCUGGGGCUCGAUGAGAGCGUGGCGACUGUGAGGGAAGCUGUGAAGGCCCAGGGUCCGUUUGACGGCAUCCUGGGCUUCAGUCAGGGAGCUGCUUUUGUGGCCAUGCUGUGCUCUCUUCAGGAGCAAAAAGUGGAGCCAGAGUUCAACUUCCGCUUUGCCAUCCUGGUCGCCGGUUUCCGCAGUGCGUGUCGAGAACAUCAAAACUUCUACAGCGCUCCCCUCCAGAUGCCCUCGCUGCAUGUGUUCGGCCUGGAGGACAGAGUCAUCCCCGAUAACAUGAGCAGGGAGCUCCUCCCCUCCUUCCAAGACCCUCAGGUCCUCAUACAUCCUGGUGGCCAUUUUGUUCCUGCUGCAUCUGCCCACAGGCAAACAUACCAGGACUUCCUCAAGAGGUUCCAGUGACAAAUGGAAGCCACAGAAACCCAAUCAGAGGCUGAAUACGUGAAGGGUUACAAAACAAGAAGACUGAAGCACUUGAAUAUGACUGGAGAAUGUUGAUUAUUUAAUUUUCAGGAACAUCUUGUGAAGACAUAAUUGUUUCCAGAGGCGUGUUGGGAAAAAUGCCAAGUUUGGAGUCGUGACCUUUGCGCUCUGGAUGCAUCUUCUUUUUCCUCCUCUGAUGCAAUCUGUCGUUCUCAGGGAAAAUAUCUUACAACAAACAAUAAAUGAGAUGACGACUGUUUAUUUAAAGUACUGUGGUCUGUAUUUGUUUUCAAGAGCGAAGCAACAUCUUCAUUAUUACAAUCAUUGAGGAUUUAUGGCUAAAACGUUGGUAAAAUCAUGAUGUUAUAAAAUAUAUUUUAAUGCCACCCUGGGUAUUGAUUAAAUUAUCUCCAUGAAACAAAAUUACAUUGAUUUGAAAUCUCUCACCUUAAAAUUACAUUAAAUAGUGCACUAUUGCUCGCUUUAGAUCACGUGUCAAACUGAAGGCCCGCGGGCCAUAUCCGGCCCGUAAUACAAUUAUAUCCGGCCCGCGAGAUCAUUUUACAUUGAUUUAUUAUUGUUAUUAAUGGCCCGACGAUAUGAAACGCCGAUUACACAAAAACUACAGAUCCCAUAAUGCAGCACAGCAGCUGCCUUGCCAAAUGAUAGUUACCUGGCUAAAUGAAGACUUGCUGUAGUAAAUUCUGUGGAAUUCAGUGUUGCUCAUCAGAUUCACGACAAAAGUGUUUGGUUGAGUGGAAUAUUAUUUCUAAUGGAUGCAUCCAUGUUAUGUAUGUAGUUUUUAUGUAUAUUUUACAUAUACAUUUUAUACAUAAACAAGCCAGGUGGCAACUUUACUUUCUUAACUGUCUGUAUAAAAUAGCUGCUACUUAAGCUUUAAAGGUGUGCAGAGUUAAUUUAGGUGUUCACAAUUACUUCCAGAUGUGGAAAACAGACUUAAAAAAAUUUCUAUAUCUUGAUAAGUUUGAUUUUUUUUUUUUUUUUUAAUUCCAGGACACAUAUCUGUGACUAAAUUUGUUGUGCCAUUGUACAGUCACUGUGAUCAGUUGUAAUGAACAAUGCACACAAAUAAAUGUUAAACUGAG